AUGGUGACACCUACAGAAUCCAUAAAAUGGAAACGCAGGCCUCUAAGUACCAUGGGACAAACAUACAAAGCUCUAAAUUUUGAAGAAUCUGUCUUGUGUUCUCCAACACAAUACUUCAAAAGAUAUAUACCAGAUGAUUUGUUCACUAGCAUAGCAGCAUAUACUAUUAUUUAUGCAUUACAACAAGGCAAAUCCUCAUUCAACUUACCAAUGUAUUGGGAUACAAGCCUCAAGGUCAAUGUGUUUUGGGAAAACAUUUCACGAGAUAGAUUUUUAGAAUUACGAACAAAUUUACACUUGGUGAACAAUCUGGAGAAGCCACCUGAAAAUAAAGAUAAAUUUUACAAAUUCAGGCCAGUUUACACAGCCAUUCGAAAACGUUGCAGUGACCUUCCUAUAGAAGAGAAUGUUUGUGUGGAUGAAGGAAUUAUUCCUUUCACUGCGAAGUUUACAGCAAAGCAGUGUGUAAGGGGAAACCAAGUCCAUGGGGAAUCAAUGUCUUCAUGUUGUGUGGAAAGUGUCCUCCUGUUUCAAGUUCUGAAAUCUCAAGGCAUCAAUGCAGUAGGUACUGUCCGUCAGAACAGAUUUGGAAAGAACUUGCCUUUUUCAGAUGAUAAAACAAUAAUGAAACAAACCAGAGGUUACUGUGAAGAAAUCACUAGUGCUGAUGAAAUUACCAUGUGUAAGUGGUUAGACAAUAGGCCAAUUGUAUUGUGCUCAAACUUUGUUGGUAAAGGCUCAGUGGAUGAAGUUGAGCUUUGGAACAAAAAGCACCAUAAAUAUGUGAAAGUAGAAAGAUCUGAAAUCGUGAGAAAAUAUAAUCAUGCAAUGGGUGGUGUGGAUCUAUUUGAUCAAUUGAUAAGCUCCUACAUAGUUUUCAUCAGAUCUCGAAAAUGGUCUUGCGUAUGA